CAAUUUACAGCGGAGUUGGUAGUCCAAAAUAUUUCAAGAAAACUUGUUUCUCUUGUCUUGUUUCCUUUUAACCCCUUUUGUCCACUCUUUACAUUUCUACUACUCAAUUCAUUUGUUCACCAUAUAUUACCUGCCUUGUCUCCGUCUUUUCUCAACUGGAGGCAAUGUCGCAAGGCUAUGCUAUUGAGCUCUACUUUGAUCCUGCACUGGAAAACCAGGUCCUGAAGGCCUGGAAUGUAUUGGCUCGGCGCCAGAUUAGCACUCAGCUUAUUGAGAUUGAGUCUAGACCUCACAUUACCCUCUUCUCGAGUCCCAAUUUUGAUCCAUCAAAGCUUGAGAACAUUGUAAAGAAUUUUUCGUCCAAGCAAGAAUCUUUGCCUCUGUCCUUUGGUUCAAUUGGAAGCCUCCCAAGUGAUGACAAUGUUCUAUUUCUUGCCCCAACACCAACUUUGUCUCUACUUCAGUUCCAUUCACAGCUGUUUGAUGCUAUGAAAAAGGAGGGCAUUGAGAUUGCAGAGGAGCAUCGUCCUGAUACGUGGAUUCCUUAUUGCCCGGUAGCUGAAGAGGUGCCUAAAACACGUAUGGGGGAGGCAUUCACUGUUUUGAGGGAUCUGAAAUUACCUGUUGCUGGAUAUGCAAUGGAAAUUGCACUUGUCGAGUAUCCUCCAGUUCGUGAAGCAUUUUCUUUUGUGCUUGGAAAAUGCCAUAAGACAAUUAGCGGCUGAUUAUGCUUUGGAAAUACUGGAUUGAUCACAGAGGGGUCUUGCUCAAAUGUAUAUUGCUGUCUGCUGCAAUUUUGAAUCUGUGAAGCUUUUAUUUUCAUUGUAGAGAACUUUCAAGUUUAAAUUUGUAGCACAGGUUAACUUCUUCUGCAUUUAACGCACACAUUGUGAACUUGGUUUCAGUAGGAUUGAAAAAAAAGACCCAUGAUUUGUUAAUAGCAUCUAGAGUUUCUGUAGCAUCUUAUGUAAUUGUACUUGUGUCUAAUAAAUAUCUGGUGUUAUCUAUUUGGAGGUACUCUUGAGGUUAUAGUAAUUAAAAGUGUAUCGUUUGUAUUACACUUGUACUGGUGUGCUCAAACGUGAAAGAUCCUAAUAUAAUGGUAUAGUAUUCUUUCCA